AGAGAGAGAGAAGCAUCAAGGGAGUUAAACCAAAUGGCUGUAGCCUCUGUUAUGUCCUCUGUUGCAUUGAAACAAUAUACUAUACUAGUGGAGAGAUCAGAAGUUAGAGGCUUCCCUUCACUAGCAAGAACCACUUCUCUGAGAGUAAAGGCUAGCAGUGGCAAGAAGAUCAAGACCUCUAAACCUUAUGGUCCUGGAGGAGGAUUGAACUUGAAAAACGGCAUUGAUGCAUCUGGAAGGAAGGCCAAGGUCAGACUUGCACCUGGAAAGGGUGUUUAUCAAUUUGUUAACAAGUAUGGAGCAAACGUCGACGGUUACAGCCCAAUAUAUACACCAGAAGAAUGGUCUCCAAGUGGUGAUGUCUAUGUCGGAGGAAAAACCGGACUGCUCAUCUGGGCUAUAACUCUUGCUGGACUUCUAGGUGGGGGAGCUCUUCUUGUAUAUAACACAAGUGCCUUGGCUCAAUAGACUUGUAGCUCAUAUUGCCUAAUGGUCCCCUUCCUACCUCUAAUUACUAUCGCUCUACAAGGCGUUAAAACUAGUUCUGGUGUUCAUGGGCACAUAACAUAAGUAGUGGUAAUGUAGCUUUCAAUUGAUUUUAUACAGAGUACAGUUAAUGAAGUCUAGUCUACAUGUAGAACUAUAAUUUCGACAAGUACGUUUGUUAUCAAUUUAAGUUACUCAAGAUGUCUACAUUGCAGUCUUUUUUUCUUUUUUUAAA